AGUUGUGCACGUGGUGCGAAUGCGAGUGGACGUUUAUUUUAUUCUCCGCGUUUAAAUUAAUUUAUGUAAUAUAAUACAUAAUUAAAGAAAAAUAAAAAUCAAUUAAUAAAAUCAAUAAACAAAUAUAUUUUCAAGUAAGCUAAAUAAUAAUAGAAUAAAAAAAAAAUAUUUCUUCUGGAAAAAAAUUAAUAAAACAAUGUCAAUUAUUUGAGUGAUUUUUAAAUGAUAAAACAAGAUGUAAAAAAAAAAAGAGUCAUCAAUUUGUUAUUUUUUUUUCGUUAAAUUUAUUUUUUUUUCCAUUCUCUACUUUCACUUAACGCGGCUUCUUUUAAAACAACUGUCACAUUCUUUUUAAUAUUAUUCUUACUGUGACGCAAGAUGCUUGCUGACUUAUCAAUAUUUUCAUUAAUUUUUAUCAUUUUUUUAUAUCAACUUGCUUCCGUGUAAUUUAAUCAAAACAUAGUAAUGUGAAAUUUACAAGUUCAUCGACAUUUAUUAUUUAAUUAUUAUUAAUCGUCAAACGAGUAUAUGUAUUUUUUUUUUCAUCGAGAUAUGGAAAAACAAGAGUCAGAAAUGUCGUCAUCAAGACCAAUUGCAACGGCACCACCACCACCACCCUCACCAUCAGCAUUACCACCAUCAUAUGAGGAAGCCAUUGCAACGUCAAUAAGAAUGACAAAUUCACCCGUUAAUAUUACAUCAUAUACAUCACGACUACCUUUAUCAACUCCAUAUAUUCAGCCAACAGUACACAUGCCACAUCCAGUUAAUUCAGAAUGUGAUACAUCAUCAUACAGUCCACCUCCAGCAUAUCCAAUAACUUCAGGAAUUCGAAUAGUUAGACCACCACGAACAUAUAAUUUAGCACCAGGAGCUGUUAAAAUGCAAUGUCCAUCAUGUUCACUUGAAAUAAAAACUUCAACUGUCUCAGAUCAUCAACCUAUGGCACAUUUUUGUUGCUUGAUACUCUGUAUUCUUGGAUGCUGUUUGUGUUCAUGUUUACCAUAUUUUAUGAGUGCAUUUAUGACUGUUCAUCAUUUUUGUCCUCGAUGCAAAGUCUAUAUUGGUACGUGGAAAGGUUUUGAAUCAUCACGACGACUAACUACAGUUUAAAAAUAUAAAUCUAAUAAGCCAACAAAAAUCCAAGUGCAUUAUGAAAAUAAAAAAAAAAUAAAAACCAUAUUUUUAAUUAAAUAAAUAAUAUUAUUUUCACUUAUGCAAUUGCUUGUUAUUAGUGAUCAACUGAUUGCCAUUAUAUAUUUUAAAAAUAAUAUAAUUACAUCAAGAAAAUAUCUAUAAAUAAAACGAUACAAAUAAA